CUAAGUGGAGGGGGUUCAGGGAUAGACAGUGAGAAGAAAGGAGGAGGGGAGUGUCAAAUGUGGCGUCAGCAUGCUCUGAUCACUGUUCUGUGACUGUUUGAGUGGCACUGUGAAAAGCCUCUCCUACCAGGUCUCACCUCCACUCUCCUCACUGCUCCCCCAGCAUCCGAUGGCAAAGCAUGACCCUAAUGAGCUCCCUCCUCCAUACUACUCUGUUGAGGUGCACACCGUCCCGCCCCUCCAGUCCUAUGAAGAGCUAGUCUAUGGAGCGGGUCCAAGGCACACUCAUCCCAACCAGCUAUACUACAUCCCCCAGCAUCCCCCACCAGUGUCUGCGCAGCAUGUCUGCCAGCCCAGUAUAUCUCUUUCUAACAAGAAGAAGAAAGGCAAAUGCUGCCACCGUAGUGCCAAGUGCAUUGGUGGGUCAGGAGGCAUGGUUCUGCUGCUCCUCCUGGGCAUUGCCAUCUGGCUCGGAGUGCGUUACGGUACCAGGUUGGCAACUGAGGCUGUCACCCUUGACCACCAUGACAGUGAGGAUGAGGGGCACUAUGAGAAGCAGUUGAGUGUGCCCGUUCAUGACACCUGCUCCCACUCCACCGUCCAAUGUGACGCUCUGCGAGACUGCAAACUGGGCACCGACGAGUCCAACUGUGUGAGGUUUGGGGCGGACGGUGCUCUACAGGUCAGAACGUCUCAGGACGACCGUUUCCUCCCAGUGUGUUACCAGGGAUGGGACCAGAGCUAUGCCAACCAAAUCUGUGCCCAACUGGGCUUCAGAAAGUCCUUUGCAACCAAGGCCAUGAAAUCCCAGCAGUCCAUUGGUCUAUCCCUGAACAACAGAUCGUCUUUACCCAUCCAGGGCCAGGUCAAAGUCAGCUCUUCCUGCCCUGACCAGAAUACGGUCUCUCUGAAGUGUAUUGAUUGUGGGCGUCAGCCGUUGACCUCCCGGAUCAUAGGGGGCACUGUUGCCAAGCUGGGCCAAUGGCCCUGGCAACUGUCUCUGCACUUUGGUAGAUCACAUGUCUGUGGAGGGGUUCUGGUGUCACCUGACUUUGUGGUGACAGCUGCCCACUGCUUCCCCAGGUCAUUCCCCCCGGUUCUUGAUGCCAGUAAGUGGCGUGUGUACGGAGGAGUGGUGUCUCAAGACAAGCUUCCUUCUCCCUACCUCGUAGAGAAGAUCAUCGUGAAUGAGAACUACAAUAACGUAACCAAUGACCAGGACAUCGCCAUACUGAAGCUGGCCUCACCAGUGGACUUCACUAAUGCAGUUCAGCCUGCCUGUUUGCCAGCCUUUGACCAGACAUUCCCCCGUGGAACCAAAUGCUGGACCUCGGGCUUCGGAACAAGAGAUAAGGGGUCAGCGAAACCCUCCAAAGACCUGAUGGAGGUGACCGUUGACAUCAUCGACGUGCGUGUGUGUAACAGCUCCAAAGUAUACUCUGGCAGUGUGUCCAACAACAUGCUGUGUGCCGGUGAUCUCAAUGGGGGCAGGGACUCCUGUCAGGGAGACAGUGGUGGUCCUCUGGUGUGCCAGGCCAGGGACAACCUUUGGCAGCUGGUGGGCGUGACCAGCUGGGGCAGCGGCUGUGGGCAGAGUAACAGGCCGGGGGUCUACACCAAGGUGUCCAGCCUACUGCCCUGGAUCUACAGCAAGAUGCAGCUGGAGAAUCCGUGAUGUCACUUAAUUUCCAUUGACCUCGCCACAUCCUCCCUAAAGACCACUCGCGGCCUGCUUUCUCGUUCCUCUCGGAACAUCACACCAUGAAGUCCUAUGACAGACAGACAGACAGACAGACAGACAGACAGACAGACAGACAGACAGACAGACAGACAGACAGACAGACAGACAGACAGACAGACAGACAGACAGACAGACAGACAGACGAAAGGAUGGCCACUAGCUAGGGGAGUACCAGGAAAGGCAUAUUUCACUUUAACACAAGACCAUUUGUUCUUGUGUUCUUCUGUUCCUUUACUGUACCUUCUAAAAUCACAAAAUGCAUUGCUGUAGUUAUGCCCAACAGCUGCUACCCUAUGUAUAAUAUGUGAAUCUACACCAAUAUAUUCUGUUCACUGAUUCCAGUUUUGUGUUUGAAUGAUUUUUAUUCCCACCCCAUUUUUUUUUAUCUUACAGUAAGUAUGUUUAUGAUAUUUACCUGAGAUAGGAGGUUCUAAGAUGGCUGGCCUCUCUUUUCUAAGUCUAUGCACCCCUCAUAUCCACUCACGCCUCCCAUAUCUCCAAUGUUUUUUUUAAACGUUUUUCUACUGUUUUGGAGGAGACUGCAUGGUUAUUUCUGUUGCAUCUAUAAGGAAUUUAGAGAUGCUUUGUGAUUCAUCUCCAGAAAUUAUUUAGUGUGAAUUACGUGAAACUCAUUGGAAAGGAAGGAGUUUAACUAAUGUAAUAAUCUGUCCCUACUCACAGCUGCACAGUCCUUUCAAGUCUCUUUCUUAUUGUUGACUAAUGUGGAUAUCACCUCUUAGUGCCAUAGUAAAAUAUAGUUUUACCCUACCUUCCCUGAACGCUUGAAAAAAAACAAGUGA